UCAGUUUCGAAGUCGGCGCGAACAGAAAGUCGCGACGGAUUGAAAUUAACUAACAAUAUAACCAACUUUCGCGCUAUCUCGCUAUCUCUAAUCACUAACACUAACUUUUCGCUAUCGGUUCUUCAAAGUACUUGGCCAGAGCAGCUGCUUUCUUAUGCAAGAAAGCAGUGAAAACUAAACAAUUCGCUGGCGUUACUCAUACGCCCCGUUAACAGAGACACAAAUAAGUACACACAUCCGCAAAUCAGCAAAAAGUCAUAAUUGCCGGAGAGCAAAAAGAAAAAGGAACAUAGAGCUAAUAACAAACAAACGAGCGUCGAAAAUAACACAAAACACUAAAUCUAUAAAUACUAUAUAGAUAGAUAUAAGCAAAAAAACAGAAAACAACUGAAAUGGAUCACAAAGAAAUCGCAAGUCAAGUGCGAGGUGAGCUAAAUCUACGCACAGCAUUCGAUCUACUAGACAGAAAUCGCGACGGUCGCGUCACCGCCAACGAGCUGCAGUUUAUGCUAAAGAACCUGGGCAUAAACGUGAGUGACGAACUCAUACACGAUCUCAUACGUGAGGCGAGCCACUCAGGCAAUGGCUUAAUCAACGAGGCCGAGUUCCUGCAAUGGGUGGGCAGGAUCCAGGCGCUGCGGGACGAGCAGCAUUCACAUGAGGACAGCAAGGACAGCAAGCCGGCGGACGAGGCCGAUGAUGUCACCGAGGACUUGAUAGCCGCAUUUAGAGUAUUCGAUCGGGAUGGCAAUGGGUUCAUAACGCGCGACGAGCUGCAGACCGCCAUGGAGAUGAUUGGGGAGCCCUUGAACGAGCAGCAGCUGGAGCAGCUGCUGGUCAUCGCGGACUUGGACCAGGACGGGCGCAUCAAUUACGAGGAAUUCACGAGACUUUUGCUCUAAGCAGAUUUACGCCCAUCAAGGAGGCAUGGUCAACCCCAAAACCCUGGAAAUUUCGAGCGGAAUGCAGCCCGAGUUGCGCCCCUUCACCAUAAUUGUUAAGCUUUUAAGAAUAUACUCAGACAUGCAGAAAAUAAUAAUGCAACAAAAUGUGCAGAGCGUAAUUGUAUGAAAUUUUAUACAACAAUAAACUUAUACAAGGGUAUGAAAAAAGUGCAAGGCAGGCCACACACACAUACACACCCAUAAUGUUUUAGUUUCAUCACACACACACACAACAUAUUCAUAUGUAAAUUAGUUUCAAAGUUUUGUCGAUUGUAAAAAGUGGAAUUAUUCAUUUUCCGUAUGAUGCAAGUGAAAUCUUCAUGUGGAAAAUGGAAAUGAAAGCGAAAAGUUUAGACUAAUUUGUGCAGACGUUUUGCGACGGAAAUGAUUUAAAUCAAACAUUUACAUUUAACAUAUAAAAUGCAUAUUCGGAUAAGUCUGAGCGCGUGAGUGAUAUUGUGUUUAGGGUGCUGCGAAAAUGAAGAGCAGACAACAUGUGGAGAAAUUACAAAUAAAAAUAAAAUUAAAAUAUAUCCAGAUGCGAAGAAGGUCGUCAGGUGGAUUCAUAUAUUUGUAUUUUAUUGUAGUUAUACUGCUUUCGAUGUAUGCGCGUUUCAAAUACACCAAAACAAACAAAAAUUGUUUCAAAUUUGUUAGAAUAAGAAAAUAAAUGUUAACAACUUAUAUAGGAAACCAAAA